CUACGCCUCCUCCAUUGAGUGGCGGAGGAGAGCAAGAAACAUCCACGUCUCGACUACAGUACGAACGCUCUCUUUUCCAUUCUUUCACUCUCUUUUGUGGCUUUUUUGUGAUAACAUGGAGCCCCAUGUCAAGCAGCAGACCAUUAACUUCGGAGCCGGGCCCGCCAAACUCCCGCCACCGGUGCUGCUUCAAGCCCAGAAAGAGCUCAUCAACUACGAUGGCAUUGGGAUCAGUGUUCUUGAAAUGAGCCACCGAUCGUCGGAAUUCACCCAAAUCAUAAACAAAGCAGAAAGUCUUCUACGAGAGUUGCUAAAGAUUCCAGACAACUACAAGGUGAUGUUCCUGCAGGGCGGCGCUUCGGGCCAGUUCAGCGGCGUCCCCCUCAAUCUCAUCGGCCUCAAGGAGGACAAGUGCGCCGACUACAUCGUGACGGGCACAUGGUCGGCCAAGGCGGCCAAAGAGGCCGAGAAAUACGGCAAAGUCAACGUGGUGCACCCCAAGAUGGAUAGCUACACCAAAAUCCCAGAGCCCGGCAGCUGGAACCUGAACCCGUCGGCGUCCUACGUGUACUACUGCUGCAACGAAACGGUGCACGGCGUGGAGUACCACUUCACCCCCGAGACCAACGGGGUCACCCUCGUCAGCGACAUGUCCUCCAACUUUCUGUCGCGGCCCGUCGACGUUUCCAAGUUUGGUCUGAUUUACGCGGGCGCUCAGAAGAACGUGGGCUGCGCAGGGGUGACGGUGGUUAUCGUGCGGGAGGAUUUGAUAGGCCACGCCCAGAAAGAGUGCCCCAUCGUGCUGGACUACAAAGUGCAAGCAGAGAUGAAGUCGCUGUAUAAUACGCCGCCCUGUUUCAGUAUCUACAUCAUGUGCCUGGUUCUGGAGUGGAUUAAAAACAAUGGCGGCGCUGCAGCCAUGGGGGCGCUUAACAAGCGCAAAUCCGAUUUGAUUUACGACACCAUCAACUCUUCCGAUGGCUUUUAUGUGUGCCCGGUGGACGAAAAGUGCCGAAGCCGCAUGAACAUCCCCUUUCGUAUUGGGAAGAAAGAAGGCGACGAGGCCUUGGAAAAGGAGUUCCUCAACGGAGCGGCCAAACGCGGAAUGAUCUCACUCAAAGGACACAGAUCAGUCGGGGGUAUCCGUGCCUCUUUGUACAAUGCUGUAACGUUGGAGGACACGGAAGCUCUGGCCCACUACAUGAAGGAAUUCCUGAAAGAGCAUCAGUGAGACAGGCCGGAAAAAACAAGCACUCUUCAUUGAAAUGCUAGUUGUGUUGGAUGAUGUAGAUGUGACUUUGACUUGUUGAUCCUAAAUAGCUCCAACAAGCUCACGCACUUGGUAGGUCCUCUCACCUUGUUUGAAUGUAAAUACCAUUGGGAAUUGUUGACAUGCUUAACUGACGCAAUACAAUCAUCUUUAUUCUUUAUGGUGUCCUUUCUUGACUCAACAUUCCUGUC